AUGGUGGAAGAAAAGGUAUGGAAUAUAGUUAGCGCAUAUGCUCCACAAAUAGGAUUUGAGGUAAGUCAGAAAGAAGAGUUUUGUAGGGAAAUGGAUGGAGUAAUACAGAGAAUAUCAGAAGCGGAAGAGAUUAGGAUUGGUGGUGACGUGAAUAGUCAUGUGGGUUGUGAUAGAACUGGCUUCAAUAGAGUACACGGAGGGUAUAGAUUUGGUCUCGGAAAUGAUAAAGGAGGAAAGGUGCUUGAUUUCUCAACAGAGUGUAAUUUGGCAAUUCUGAACACAAAUUUUAGGAAUAGAGAAGAACAUUAUGUUACCUUAAAAGUGGAAGGAAUAAGUCUCAAAUAG